ACGCCUCUCCUGAUUCGCGAUCAUGUGUGUUUGUUUGUUUUUUAACGUUCUGUUAAAAAAAAUAGUUCUGUUAAAAAUCGGGCAAUACUUUUCCCCACCAUGGCAAUAAAAGAGAUGAGAUUAGCUCUGCAGCAAGAAAUAAUCCUUUACUAACUGCAUUCUUUCACGUAGCCGUGCUGUCAAGCAUCCUUCCUUGCCCGCAUCAAAGAUGAUUCCGUCAUCUUCUCAUGCUCCUACUUGCUAAAUGGAAGGUUUUAGCAACUCUUGCUAUAUAAGGUUCGGGCAAAAGCUUCCCAUCCCUGACGACUGUUCCUUGUGCUCGGUCGCUACUUUCUAAGGAAGGCGGCCGAUCCCUGAGUAAGUUUAGGGUUAUUCUUUCUGGACUCCCUUCCCCCCCUUCAUUUCUCACGAUUUAUUUUUUGGCGCGCUCGUUUAAGUUUGAGUUUAGAGCAGCAGAAGAAGAGAGAACUGGCAUUAGCAUGGCUACAGAGCCCUUCCCGAGCUCUUCUACUCCAGCUGACAGGGCUCAGGCGGAAAACGAAGAGGGAGACGCCGGGAAAAGGAGCAAGCAGGCAGCCGCCAAAGCCCGUUGGACGAUUCUCAGACAGGUUUUGAAGCAAAAGCCCUUGGAGAAUGCCGGCCUUCAGCAAAUAUCAAUAAGACGAUUUGCUUCAUUUGGUCUCUUCUCAAUAACUGAGGACAGUAACAUGAUAGAAGAUGACUCAAGGUCUUGGGUUCAGUACAAAAGUAUCUAUUAUCCUGACUGUAUUAUAUCAUUAAGGAUAUAUUCUCAGCAAGAUCAUCCAAAGCUUGAAGGUCAUCCCAACUGCCAGUUAAAGAAACCAAGCAUUUAUAUUGGGAAACAGCAAUAUAGGAAGAUGCUGGAGCAAAAGGUCACAGUGGCAAUGGAAAAGGCAUCAAUUAAUAGUGGCCAUGUGAAGGCAAUGGAUGUUUUCAAUUGUUGAAGGAAAAAUCUUCAUCAGUGUCCAGUUCAAGCUGGG